ACAGAGACUUCUCUGGUUAGAAACUGGACCAGGCGUUAUACAGUAUGUUAUGUACAAAGACAAAAAAGAUGGAAUAGUGGUGUUGCGGGCCUUAAAAAUAAGAGAGUUCAAAAAGCGCUUUAACUGCUCCUUUCAACGUUCGACGUCAAAUCGAUUAAAAAAUAAAAAAAGGAAUGGACCCGACACCAGCUCGAGAGACACUCGUUGUGACAUGAUCCCGAUGUGGCUCAGAGGGAAAACAAAAUUGGAAUUUGCAUGCAUAGACGUUAUUAUUCUGAUGAUGGUGGUAAUGAUGAAUAGGUUCAUUCCUCUCGUAAAAGGUAGUGACAUCCAGUGCCCCACAGACUAUGUGUUUUCUUAUAUGACGUCAUGCUAUCUCAUAGCACCGGGGGAUAAUUCUAAGAGUAGCAGCGGAUCAGAUUGCAGCUCGAGAAGUUUCGGGACUCUACUUUGGAUUGGGUCUGAAGAUGAGAAAAACUUCAUAGUAAGUAUUUUGGAGCCCUCUAUCGAAUAUUGGAUUAGCUUAUACGAUGGUGGAUCUGGCUGGGAGUGGGAUAAUGGCGAGCCCACAAACUACACUAACUGGGCAAGUGGGUAUCCAUUAGGAAACCAAAACUGCGCAGUUAUGAAGACUGAUGGAACAUGGGAGAAUACUAACUGUGGAAGUCAAAGGAAAUACGUGUGCAAGGUCACAGGAGAAUCGAUUUCAUCAUUUCUUCUGAAUACACCAACAAUUAUAUUAGCGUCUUCGGUAAUGUCACUUGGUGCGUCAACUUCAAUGUUAGCAUCGCCUUCCAUCUCGCUCGCUGUGUCAGCUUCGAUAUUAGACGCUCCCACUAUAUCACUCGAUGCGUCACCUCCAAUGUUAGCGUCACCUACUAUAUCACUCGAUGCGUCAUAUUUAAUGUCAGCAUCUCCAACUAUAUCACUUGAUGCGUCAGAUUCGAUGUCAGCGUCUCCAAAUUUACCGCUCGAUGUGUUUACUUCAAUAUCAGCGUCUUCAGCUUUAGCACUCGAUGCACCAACUUCAAUGUUAGUGUCUCCCACUAUAUCAUUCGUUGCGUCAAAUUCGAUGUUAACGUCUUUUACUAUACCACCCGAUGUGUUUACUUCAACAUUAGCGUCUUCAACUGGAUCACUCGAUGGGUUAACUUCAAUGAAAACGUCUGCAACUGUCAAACUAGAUGCGUCAACUUCGAUAUUAGCUACAGCACCGCUCGCCGCAUCAUCUUCAAUAUCACCUUCAACAGCGUUUUCGAUAUCGUCACCAACAACGUCAUCAGUGGUCGCAACACAGUCUAUGUCCACUGAAGAUGCAGUAAUUAUAUACAAAAGAGAACUUUCUGUGUACCGCAAAUCACAGCAAGAUGAGCCCGCAGAGGCACCCGGAGCAGUGUACAUAGGGGGCGUACAGAUAAGCCUAAUGGUAUUUUUCAUUGGUACAAUCAUACUCCUGGAUCUCGUGGGCGUCAAAAUACACAUAAAUAGGAGUAAACUUAAUGGAUCCAAAUCAAACUCUGCGUUGCUUCACGGAGCAGAACAGGAGUACAUUGAUUGUCUGUCAGUUGGUGAAUGGAUCAAAAGAAGUAGACAAGAUAAAGAAAUGGAGAAAAUGAUUUUCAUGCCGAGCGAGGCUGAAUUGACGCUUCCAAAUGGCCAAUGCGGAGACAGAGAAACAGACAACAUGACAGCAGGCGUUCCUCGCCGUGCACUCUGCUUCCCAACCUCUACAAAAGCAUGUUGUUUUAAGAAUCAUUGUGAAACCAUGACAAUCGAUCAGUGCCAAUGUAAAGACUGUUUAGACCUAAGAACACGUCUUCAUGUCGAAAAAUACGUCUGGCAACCAAGCUCAAAAAAUUGUCCUAUCACAUAUUACGACACAACAUCAGCAUGUAAUAUGUUUGCCAAAAGAAAAGUAGAACAUAUAACAUUAGUAGGCGAUUCACUUGUUAGGCACUUCUAUACUGCGCUACUGAUAAUUAUUAGCGGUAAUCUCGAAUUUGGAUGCAUGAAACCUAACACUAAUCCAGAAAAGAAAAAGAAUUGUGGUUACUUUGCGCAGUUUGAAGAUAAAACUUGUCAACACCUGAUUGAACAUAGUAGAAAGAUUUGUAAUUCAACCGUCACAUUAAGUUUGAGAUCUGACUCCUCAUUACAAACGUUAAAGAACUCUGUCAACUUUAUCAGAGAAAAGGAGGGCCAGGUUAUUUUAUUCUCCAAUGGCCUCCAUAAUAAUUUGAAUUUACCAAAAACAAAGUUAGCAGUUCACAAAUACUUAGAAGCCCUGGGAAGUAAAAUCUUCAAGCGAAACAAAAUGGAUACUAGUAAUCGCACCAUACCCAGAAUGGUAUUCAUGAGCCCACACCUUCCCGGUCUUAUGAAAAGUCCCCGAUAUUGGAAUAACCAAGGGACUAAGAGUGUGACAACGUACACAACUGAAAUGCGAAAAUUUCUAUCAAAAUACAACAUUCCAACAUUUAACACCCAUGCAUUUACUAAUCAUUCAUUCAGCUUCGAUGGCACCCAUUUUGGUUAUGGAGUUAACCACCAAUUGGCCCAGACACUGCUGAACUAUAUAAGCCAACAUGAAUGGGGAGCUGAUUAGGAUAAUGUCGAUGGGUCAACACUUGUGAUACCAUUUUAGAG